UGAUGCCGUGUAAGAUUAGUAUUUUACAGUGCCCAGACUGCGUGUUUAGUAAAUCUGUGAGUCUCUAUGAGGCUGAAUGAGCUCAGAGGAGGACUGAGAGCUGCUGCUGAUGGAGACAGUCUGGGGAGUUUCCCUGUUGACAGCAGCAGACCUGACUGACACCCAGUUAGCCUCCAGCUAGCUCCCCAGCUAGCCGCACUACACUCACUGAUAACUAAGCUAACCAUUCGUGCUCUUCAGAUAUCCACAAUGGAUUUGAAUACCAUCUUGUCGCAACUUGAAACUGCCAACGAGGAGGACAUAGAGAAGCUCUUGCAGCAGUAUAAUCGAGAGAACAUGCACACCUUCAGUUUCGACCAAAAGGAGGAAACCCUGAGGAGUAAGCUGUGUCAGAGUGUUUUGACAGUACUGGGGAAGCAGGUGCAGCCCAGCUGUCAGAAGACAUGUCUGGAGACCCUCCGCAUCCUGUCCAGAGACAAGCGUGUCCUCGGACCUGUAGCCACCAGGGAAGGCAUGCUGAUCCUGGGAGGGAUGGCGAGGCUGCGAGCCGGACAGGAGGAAGGCGACAACCAGAACAGCUCUCAGGAUUGCACACAGUCGGAGGAGGAGGAGAGGGUGGUGGUGGAGGCCUUGAAGUGCCUUUGCAACGUGGUGUACAACAGCCCUGCAGCUCAGCAGGUCAGCGUGGACGUGCAGCUGGCUCACGGUCUCUGUGCCAGCCUGCGCACCGCCCGCUCAUGGCACCACGAGGUGGGCCUGUUCACGCUGCGCCUUCUCUUCCUGCUGUCUGCCCUCCUGCCUGAUGUGAGAGUGGUGCUGAGGAGAGAGUGGCACGCUGUCAGACUGCUGACCGAGGUGCUGGAGCACACCCUGGAUGUGCGCUGGGUGGGUCCCUAUGAAGCCGCCCGUCCAGACCCUCAGGCCCUGCCCCUGCCUGCAGAGGACAAUGAGCGAGCGAUGGAAGCUCUCAAAGCCUUGUUCAACCUCACGCUGUCUGAAGCUGGCGGUGAGGAGGACGACCACCAAUUCCGACUCAUCGCUGCCAUCCUGCGCCACUUGUUGAUGCUGAAGACCGAGACAGAGGAGAAGACGGAGGAAGCACACAGCCAUGCUGUCAAUCUGCUUAACAACCUCCCCGUGUCCUGCCUGGACGUGUUGAUUGACAUCCCCGUCCAGGGAGGACAGGAGAAAUACGGUGGGAAAAACAUGGAUGCAGUCCAGGUUUUACUAGACUUCAUGGAGAAAAGGAUCGACAAGCAGGGCUCCAACUUCAAAGAGGGCCUGACUCCAGUGCUCAGCCUUUUGACUGAAGGAUCCAGACACCACAGGGAGAUCCGCAGAUACAUCAAAGCUCAGGUACUUCCCCCGUUGAAAGAUGUGAAGAUCAGGCCAGAGAUUGGCACCACGAUCAGAAACAAGCUGGUUCGCCUUAUGACACAUGUGGACAUGGGCGUGAAGCAGACGGCCGCAGAGUUUCUCUUUGUCUUGUGCAAAGAAAGCGUGGACAACCUGUUGAAGUACACCGGGUAUGGGAACGCAGCAGGACUCCUCGUGGCUCGAGGACUUCUAGCAGGAGGAAGAGGAGAGACUCAGUACUCUGAAGACGAAGACUCAGACACAGAGGAAUAUAAAUCUGCCAAACCUUUCAUCAACCCCAUCACCGGUCACGUGGAGGAGCCGAUGCCCAACCCCAUUGAAGAGAUGACCGAGGAGCAGAAGGAAUAUGAAGCUCAGAAACUGGUCAACAUGUUUGACAAGCUGUCAAGGCAGAACGUGAUUCGACCGAUGGGCGUCAGGCCGGACGGGACGUUAGCACCUCUUGAAGAAACUCUCUGUGAUCCGCACGAGGACAACUCAGGAUCAGACUCAGACUAGUGCACUGCACUUCCAGGCCACAUUUUCCGGACUAAGCCCACCGAGCGUCCAACACUUCUCAAGCUGUGUCUCGUCUCCAGGGCUGGAUCCUCUGAUGGAUUCAUACAGGUGGGUUGUAAAUGUGAACUGAAUCUGUGCCUCCAUGAUGACAGAGACAGAGUGCUGCUGGUUCCAAAACCACUGCUGGAUCAGAAUCAUCAUCACAGUCAAACUGAAAACAAAAGUUAAACAAAACGGUGACCUGCUGCACUGACGACUGCCCGUAGAUCACUUUCCAUUUAAUUUAAUUGACUUUUACUGUCAGUCAGUUAGGAUUAAAGCUGUCCAAUGUAUCAGCAGGAAGUUGCACUAAAUUGUCUGAAAUGAUUGCAGUGGUUAACUUCUAACAGAUCAUAUACAUAUAUUAAUAAAAAUAUGUAUAUAUUAAUGAUCUAAUUUGAUAUAUAUAUCAAUUAUUUACAGGGUGUAAUUAAUAAAUACCCGGCAUAAACGCUUGCACAUAAAUACAAGUCAUAUGAUUUUUUUUAAAUAUAUAUAAACAUUCUGAGGAAAGGAUUUGUCUUCGUCAUUGGACAAGGAGAUCAGGGAAUACUUCUGGAGCACAGAGAGAUCAAGUUUGGAGACAAAAUCAGAACUCAUUAGGUAAUCCGAGCUGUCAGGAGAAUAUCGGAGGAGCUGCAGCCUUUAGAGAAGAAAUAAGGCUUUCUAUUACCUCUGCUGGAUCAGAAUAUGUGCUGCAAAAAGUCUAGAAGCUUGUGAGUGUUUGAUUCGCUGUGCUAUAAAGUAUCUUUUUAUAUAUACAUUUUUGCAAAAAAUAUCAUAUGACUUGUAUUUAUGUGCAAGUGUUUAUACCGGGUAUCUAUGAAUUACACCCUGUAGGAUAAUAGAUUGUGUGCUUUCAGUCUGAGGGAUACUGACUCAGGAUCACUUAAAUGCAAACACAAAGUCUGAUAAAUGUACCACGAUGAACUGAUGUUUUACAAUUUAAUGAGCAGAUGAGGACUUAGAAGUGACAUUAGACAGCUGAUUAACACGCAGGCGGUUCUGGUGUAGAAUGGACUCCUAAGAAAACAGUGAAAUCUUCCUGAAAUUAGACCGUUAGGACAUAUUUAGUGAAACCUCAGACGGUCCGGUCCUGUAGCGGGACACAGCUGAGCAUUUCACAGGAGAAUGUGGACGGCGUGUCGCGGCCGUGAGACUUUCUCCAAAGUGGAAGUGGACUUACCGUGUGGCAGGAAGAUGCUACCGAGGCGUCGUAAUGCGUUGGAGGCCUUCAUGGUUACAUCAUUUACUUUCCCGCUCCCUAAGUUGUGAAAAUAGAGGUAAAUAAUAUAAUUUUUGCUGGAUCGUGCGUUUCUCACCGGAAGCGCUGUCGUCACGGUUUGUUUCAGGUGGAAUUGACUCUGAAUGAUCAUUCCUUCACUUGUGUGGGUUUUUUUUCACGAUUUUUUUUAAGUUCCUCUUUGUAUCGCUAGAUGAAGUGCACAUUAUACACACAAAUGUAAGCAUAAAAUCAUAGUAAACACUGUCAGCAGUCACGCUUCUUCUUAAAGUCACGAGGCCUGUCCAGAUCAGAGCACAAGAUUGAUUUGUAAUUUUAAAAAAAAUCAGUGUGGAUUGAUUAAACCUGCAGCUCAGUCUGUUUAUAUUUGGUUGUGUAAUUUAAAUGAAUGUUGCACACCAGUUAGUCGCCAAGGAAACUUUCUGAAUUCAGGGCUUGUUUGGCCCAUUUUGAACGAAGUUUCUUUCUGUUCAGACCUUAAAUGCAUCGUGUUCCUGUGGUGGAUGACAGUAAACGGAUUGUUUCAGCCUCUCGACAAUGAAAUGUGUAAACUGCAUCGAUGGUUUUCUAAUCCAUGUUCAUUUUGCCUAAUCUGCAUGAUGUUAAAUCAACAAGUGUGAUUCUGUUUUUUCUAGACUGAAAAUGUUGCUGAUUUUAUAUGAGUCCACAUGUUUAGUGUCUGUAUAAAGUCAUAUUUUUUCUUUGUGUUGGUAAAGUUUCAUUGAAGUCUGCUGUAUCGUCGCACACGACUUCACUUCACUGAAAUCCUGCUUUGGGUUAUUAUACAUUUAUUGUAAAGAGAAAAAAAGUGUAAUUUAAUUGCUGAUUACAAUCCAAAAAAUGCUUUAACCAGAGAAUGUGUCUUUAUUACAGGAGUUGGUGAAAUUUUAGGAGUGAAUAAUCACAGUGCAAUACCUGGUUUUAGAUGAGCACAAAAGACUUUUUGAGUCACUUUACUAAAUUUCAUUUCACCAUUCUAAUAUCUUUUUGUAUAGAGACCCUUGAAAAGUCCGAUUAGAAAUAUUCCGGUGGUUUGAUGAGGUGCUGGGCCACGCUGCUCCCAAAACCGCUUCACUUCUGAUCAGAGCAACAAGUUUUGUGCAAAUGCCACAGCACCAUUCACAAAAUGUUCAGAAACAUUCAUUCAGUAGCCAUUUGUUGUGCCUCUCUGCUUAUUUUUAAUAAAUUUCUUGGACUUUU